AAGAGUUUGAUUGGGUGUGGGCUACUCGAGUCCACAGGUAGGCUUCUGUUUGUCAUCGAGGCGUUUACUUGGAAUUGACUUUACACUAUUCGUUGCUGGCGCGAAACUUCUCAAAAUGUCGCCGAAAUUACAGUUUUAUGCCAUUUAUCUGUGCGUAACAGCUAUUUCGGCUUCCUACGCACAAGAAUGUGGACGACCACGGAUAGUGGAGAACAGGAUUGUGGGAGGGAUGGACGCCACAGCUGGGGCUUGGCCGUGGCAGGUGGAUAUACAGACAGUGACUGGUCAUAUCUGUGGAGGCUCCAUCAUCACAGAGAGCUGGGUCCUAUCAGCCGCUCAUUGUUUCCCCAAACCAUUAGACUUGAGCUCUUACGUCAUCUACGUUGGCCGAUACCAGCUGAAUGGCGUCAACGAACAUGAGUCAAUGCACCGCGUGAGCCACGUGGUGAUCCCACCCGGUUACAAUGAGCCUGACGGCGGGAAGGAUUUGGCGUUGGUGCUUCUGUCCAGCCCAAUAACCUGGUCAGAUUAUGUCAGUCCCAUCUGCUUGCCCGCCUCUGGCACCCAGUUCCCAGGUGGCACGUUGUGCUUUGUCACCGGCUGGGGAAAUAUCCGGGAUAACGUCCCUCUGCAAGGAUCCGGGACUCUGCAGAAAGUGGAGGUGCCAAUCAUCUCCCAGAGUUCAUGUCAGGAAAUGUACCAGACGCACCAGACAAAGCAGGUGGACAUCCUGUAUGACAUGAUCUGUGCUGGAUACCAGAAGGGUGGCAAGGACUCCUGCCAGGGCGAUUCAGGAGGGCCCCUUGUCUGCCAGAUGGUAAAUGGGACCUGGGUGCAGGCUGGGGUGGUGAGUUUUGGACUAGGCUGUGCUCAAGAAAACCAGCCAGGUGUUUAUGCCAGACUGACCACCUACUCGAGCUUCAUCAGCAACACGGUGCCAGACAUCCGGCUGUACGGUCGAGCUACUCAGAACUGGUGUGGGAGGGCAGCCAUGUUGAUCAGCUGUCUCUCCUCCGUGCUGACCCUGCUUCAGAGCUAGAACACUUUGCUAAUUAGAUUCCUGGCCAAAUGAAGGAGGAUCUGAAUAUGUCGGACUUGCAUCCAAAGUUAUCCUAAUUAGUAAAACUAGAACACCACCUGAUGUGCACAUGAAGCCAUAUCGAAGACAUGUAAUAUAAUCAGAAUUUUUUUAAUGAUAACUUUGCAUCAUGAUUUGAGUAAAAGUAGUUUUUAUAGGUUUUGUAUUUUAAGUAAAAAUUAUGAAAUGAAAUAAAUGAAUUUUGAUUCUUAAUCAGG